AUGGCACUGAGUCUGUUUACGUGUUGUAUACGUAGUCAAGAAGAGACUGAUUCAGCGGGCGAGGCUCAGAUGAAACGUUUUGAGAUUCAAGGUGAUCAGAUUGGUGACAUUCUUGGAGGCUUCAUCAGUGGAGGUCGAGGAGGCGGUGGUGGAGGUGGAGGUGGAGGUGGGGGAGGUGUGAAUAUUGGUGAUGUGGCAGGUUUGAUUGGUUCUUUAUCGGGUGGUGGCAGUAAGAGUGAUAAGAUCAGCGGACUAAUUGGUGGUAUUGGUGGACUGAUCAACAAAAAGAAUGGCAAAUAUCGUGGUGGAGGACCCAACGUUAAUCCAGAUAAGCUGAAUGGUGGAAUGGUGGAUAUGGUCAGCGGCCUAAUAGGCCAGCUUGCGCAUCGUUUUCUUGGUGUAGAUCCGGCAACUGGCCGAAUCAUUGGUGCAAUCGCCGGAAAUGUGAUAUUCAAUCUUGGUGGCAAAGACAAUAAGUUAGGUAACGUUGGUAAAGUGGUUCUGGACAAUAUUAUAACUGGAAAAUUCAAGAGAAAGACUGAUAAGUUCGUAAGACCUGAACCAUCAGCACAUCCGAGACCACCGUCACCAACCGCCAGAGCUGGAGCAUUAGACUUCUACGAAGAGCGAGAUCGAUGUCUUCAAGAACGUUGUUUAUUCGAGGAUCCGGAAUUUCCGGCUCGCGACAGCAGUUUAUUCUUCAGUAAAGCACCACCAAAACGCAUUGAAUGGAAGAGACCUGGAGAAAUCAUUGAUGCUCCGCAAUUGAUCUACGAGGGUCACUCACGUUUCGAUGUGGUUCAAGGAGAAUUGGGCGAUUGUUGGUUACUUGCAGCUGCAGCAAAUUUGACACUUCGUGAUGAACUCUUCUAUCGUGUCAUUCCACCAGAUCAAAGUUUCACUGAGAAUUAUGCAGGAAUAUUCCAUUUCCAAUUCUGGCACUAUGGUAAUUGGGUUGACGUUGUGGUGGACGAUCGUUUACCAACAUCAAACGGCGAAUUACUGUACAUGCACUCCAGGGAGCAUAAUGAAUUCUGGAGUGCGUUACUGGAAAAAGCUUAUGCAAAGUUGUAUGGAUCGUAUGAGGCGUUGAAAGGUGGUACCACAUCAGAGGCGUUAGAGGAUAUGACUGGUGGAUUAACGGAAUUCUUCGAUCUCCAAAAUCCACCCGAUCAUCUUAUGGAGAUGAUGAUGCGUGGUUUUGAAAUGGGAUCGUUGUUUGGAUGUAGUAUUGAGGCUGAUCCACAUCAGUGGGAAGCACGAAUGCCAAAUGGAUUGGUAAGGGGCCAUGCGUAUAGUAUCACUGGAAUGCGCAUCGUGAAUGGACCUCGUGGUCGUACGCCAAUCUUACGUAUUCGUAAUCCAUGGGGCAAUGAACAGGAAUGGAAUGGACCGUGGUCAGAUCAUUCGCGUGAAUGGCAGAGUAUAUCGCAGCAAGAGAAAGAUGAUAUGGGUUUGAAUUUCGCACAUGAUGGGGAAUUUUGGAUGUCAUUCGAUGAUUUCAUGCGUAAUUUCGAGAAGAUGGAAAUUUGCAACUUGGGACCUGAGGUUAUGGAUGAAAUCACUCAAAUGACCGGCGUUAACACAGGACAACAAAAGUGGGCCACUGUUACACACGAUGGAGCGUGGAUAAGGAAUCAGACGGCUGGUGGAUGCCGUAAUUACAUCAAUACUUUCGCGAAUAAUCCACAGUAUCAUAUUCAUUUGACUGAUUCGGACCCGGAUGACGACGAUGACUUGUGUACGGUGAUAAUAGCAGUGAUGCAGAAGUAUCGUCGCGAGUUUAAACACGCCGGAAUUGACAAUGUUGCUAUUGGAUUCGCCGUUUACGAUGCUGGUGGAUUCAGUGGACGUCUCGAUGAAGAUUAUUUCAGAUCGCACAAAUCAUGUGCUCGAAGUGCUGCUUUCAUCAACUUGAGAGAGGUGACGGCUCGAUUCCGUGUUCCACCGGGCGAUUAUGUGAUUGUUCCGUCAACAUUUGAACCGAAUGAAGAGGCCCAAUUCAUGCUUCGAAUAUAUACGAAUGGAUUUAUAGAUUCACACAAUAUGCGGGGUAUCGGUUCGAUUCGUACAUUAUCAGCAGCAAAAAACGACAAAUUUCGAAGUAAAAUUUAUCGUGUAUUGGCGAAAAUUGGUGCAUCUAUUGGUAUUUUCUGCACACCAAUUGUUUUCUUCGAUACCGUUGGCUAUCCAGCCAGUGUUGUGGGAACGUCGAUGGAGCCAACAUUGGAGGGUAACGACAGACGUUGGUGGAGACGUGACAUCGUAUGGCUGACACGUUUCGGUAUCAAAACACCACAGAUUGGUCAAAUUUUCACUUUUAUAUCACCUCAAGAUCCCGAUAAGCAACACAUCAAACGUGUAACAGCUCUCGAAGGCGAUACAAUUAGGCCCAGAAAAGGACCAGCUUUCGUGUGUAUUCCUGAAGGUUGUUGUUGGAUGGAAUCUGACAAUCCAAAAAAUUCGAAAGAUAGCAAUAUUUAUGGACCGGUAUGUCGCGGUUUACUGAGGGCUCGUGCCACUCACAUUAUAUGGCCCCCAUCACGAUGGCAAUCAAUCGAAACGUAUUUGCCUCAACAGAGCAGUCAAAUAGUCCGCAAUGAUGAAAUCUUCUUCAGUUCCCUAUUUGAACCCUUCGAAGAUAUCUUCAGUGAUUCACCAGGACUUUGA